GUUAAUGUCUCUCCGUGGUGAGAUGCAAAAAGCCUCAUCUGCUGGCGUUUGACUUGCGAUGCCGGCUGCUCACUAGAAUGCAAACCCUUGCACAGGAUGAGAACAGGUCACUCGUCCAGAAUGCCAGAGGAAAGUUCCCCAAAGCGGAGUCCUCUGAACAUCCCGUAUAAGGACCUGCCUCAUAUCAUCAAUGCUGACGGGCAGCAUCUCUUCUGCAGGUAUUGGAAGCCAGCAGGAACUCCCAGGGCCCUCAUGUUUAUUGCGCAUGGUGCUGGUGAACACUGCGGCCGUUAUGAUGACUUGGCCCAGAGGCUGACAGGACUUAACUUGUUUGUAUUUGCCCACGACCAUGUUGGCCAUGGACAGAGCGAGGGUGAUCGUAUGGUUGUGUCCGAUUUCCACGUCUUCAUCAGGGACAGCUUGCAGCACAUUGAUCUCAUGAAGAAGGAGCAUCCUGGCCUCCCCAUUCUCAUUCUGGGACACUCCAUGGGGGGAGCCAUCUCCAUUCUGACAGCUAGUGAGAGACCCAGUGAGUUUUCAGGCAUGCUGUUAAUCUCUCCUUUAGUGGUAGCCAACCCAGAAGUCGCUACACCCAUCAAGGUUUUUGCAGCUAAAGUGCUCAACUUUGUUCUCCCAAACCUGUCCCUGGGGUCAAUAGAUCCAAAUACAAUUUCCCGGAACAAGAAAGAGAUGGAGUCAUACACAGCAGAUCCCCUGGUCUACCACGGUGGCAUGAAGAUCUCCUUCGUCAUCCAGCUGAUGAACGCCAUUGCCAGAAUCGAGCGAGCUCUGCCCAAGCUGACCCUGCCCAUCCUGGUGCUACACGGCUCUUCUGACAAGCUCUGUGAUAUCAAAGGGUCCUAUUUCCUGAUGGACACAGUGCAGAGUCAGGACAAGACUCUCAAGGUGUAUGAGGAAGCCUACCAUGCCCUCCACAAAGAGCUGCCCGAGGUCACUACCGCCGUCUUCACGGAAAUACUGACGUGGGUUGGCCAGAAGGUCUCAGCAGCUGGGGAAACCAGCCAUACUUAAGAGCAAUUAUUUUUGCAACUCUUACUGGGGUUUUCUGGGGUUGGAUGCUGUUCUCAUUAGAAGUCCCUCUGAAAAAAGAUCUAACACAGAGGGACUGUUGGGAUAUUUUAUCGUGCACAGCACGGGGGAGGGUGGGGGGGAGAGGAACAAGAUGGAGCAUUUUUUGCUCACACAAAUGGCCAUUGCCCUAAUCUCAGAAAGAAUUUAUAGCUAUGGGAGCAGCCACUAAAGCUUUCCAGGUUGAGUAGUUUUAUUAAAGAGCCCCUUAUCCACUAAGCCUCCACUAUCAC